AUGGCCGGGAAGAACCAUAGCUCCAUCACCGAGUUUAUUUUCACCGGGCUGUCUGAUGACCCCCACAUCGAGGCUCUGCUCUUUGUUCUCUUCCUGGUGGUUUAUCUCCUGACCAUGACGGGCAACCUGAUGCUGCUGCUGGUGAUCAAAGCUGACUCCCAUCUCCACACCCCCAUGUACUUCUUCUUGAGUAAUCUCUCAUUUCUGGAUCUCUGCUUCUCCUCAGUCACGGUGCCCAAGUUGCUGAAGGACCUCCUGUCUGACAAGAAAACCAUCUCAGUAGAGGGAUGCCUAGCUCAGGUCUUCUUUGUGUUCAUCACUGCAGGGACUGAAGCCUUUCUGCUCUCCAUGAUGGCCUAUGACCGCUAUGCUGCCAUCUGCCACCCACUGCUCUAUGGCCAGAUCAUGAGCAAUGAACUGUGUGUGAGGCUGGUACUCAUCUCCUGGGGCCUAGCCUCUCUUAAUUCUGUUGUCAUUGUGCUCUUAGCUGUUAAUCUAGACUUCUGUGGAGCCCAAAUUAUCCAUCAUUACACCUGUGAGCUGCCCUCCCUCUUCCCUCUGUCUUGCUCUGAAAUCUCCAUCAAUCUCGACAUCUUGAUCUGCUCUACCUUGCUGCAUGGACUUGGCACCUCACUCCCCAUCUUCUUCUCCUAUGCUCGCAUUGUGUCUACCAUCCUGAGCAUGAGUUCUACCAGAGGCAGAAGCAAGGUGUUUAACACCUGUUCUUCUCAUCUAAUUGCAGUGAUUCUAUUCUUUGGGUCAGGUUUGGUUCGCUACCUCAUGCCCACCUCUGGAUCUUCUCUCGAUUUGCUCUCCUCCUUACAGUACAGUGCCAUCACCCCUAUGCUCAAUCCACUCAUCUACAGCCUGAAGAACCAGGAAGUAAAGGCAGCCAUGAGAAGGACAUUGGGGAAAUUUUUACGUUAUUUUGCAUAA